UGGCGGGCUGGGAGGAGGUGGGGACCGGGACGGGUGCGAUGAUGGAGGAGGAGGGAGGGCCCACGUGGGAGAGGGCAGCAGGAGGGGGGAAGGAGGAGGAGGGAAGGAAUGGUGCGGAAGGUAAGCGCGAGGGUCGCCAAAAGAUGGGAAGGCCCUCUUUGUAUUGGCUGGAUUCCUUGGGGGCGUUGCAAAAACUUCCCUACGCCGCCCAUGGCGAAGCCUCCGUCUUCUUGACCGGCCUCCUGGAUCAGCAAUAUCAUCAAUUAGAGGAUGAAGAGGGGAAAAGAGGAGGUGGAAAAAGACUUCCGUCGAUGGAAGAGGCGUUGGGGAUAUUAGACUCGUGCUACCAGGAGAUGGAAAAGCGCUUUUUGGUUAACGCGGGAGGGGGUUUUGAAGUGAAGGUGGUUGACAGCAAAGGAGUGAGGAGGUUAAACGUGCCUCCGGGGGCCGGGCCAGGACGGGGGCACAAACAAAAAUGUGAUGAGAGAGGGUUCGGUCAAGGGAAAGCAGGGGAGAGACUUCCUCAUACACGGGUGUCAGGUCCAAUGGGGAAAAUAUAGGGAGAUGUAGUGUAAAUAAUUUGGUAGCGCUGUG